AUGGGAAUCGGAAGCUGGCUCUACACAAACAGUACCAAAAAUCUAAGGGUCAAAAUAGUCCAUCCAGGUGGCCAUGCUGAGCUUCACGAUCGACCAGUUCUUGUUUCCGAGAUCAUUCGUCGGAACCCCAAAUGCUGCGUCGCCCAUCCAAACGUGUUCAAGCAGCCAUGGGCAAUCGUGCAACCAGACACCAUGUUAAUGCCUGGUCAGAAGGUGUAUGUUGUGCCAAUUUCGACUGUCAGAAAGCUUCAGAAACUAUCGAUAAAGAGAUCAGGAGCUAUAGGUCAAGAUGGUCAAAGUUUCAAAAAGCUGAGCAGUGAAGAAGAUGAAGAUGGAGAAAGUGAUACUAGUUGUUGUUCGAUGGAAGAUGGGGAUGCAAGUAUUUGUAUGAAGUCGUUUAAAAGUGGAGAUGAGUCAGAAGAGCGUAAAAGCUGUUUUACUUGUAUGUUUGCGAGUGGGAAACAGACAUCAGGGUCUACUCCUACUAGGGGUGGUCAAAGAAACAGAAACCAGGGAGAAUCGCCUAAGAAACUAAUCACAGAUCUUGAUUAUUGGCAACCAAACCUUCAUAGUAUUGUUGAAGAAAGAAGCAUUAAUCCAGAGUGA